AUGGUGUCUGCUCUCUGGAAUGCAUGUGCGGCCGAGGUCCAGGACCUAGAGAGUGUGCAACAGCAACUCAAGGAGCCGGGAGUCGACCUGGAGAUCAAGGACCACACCGGCACGACAGCACUCAUCCAGGCAGUCAGGAACGGCCACAAGGACAUUAUUAAGGCAUUGCUUGCUGCAGGCGCCGAUAUCAAUAACGCCUCUGACCAAGGAAAGCCAGAGACGUACACCACAGACCCAGAGAUAUUGGCUCUUUUGCAAGCAAAGCCAGCUGUGGCCCAGCCGACUUAUGAAGGGUACCCGCAAUCCGGUGACCCAAACAUCCCUUACGACCCCGCACUUAUGCAACACUAUUACUAUCCGCCCCCUCCGGGCCACGAAGGGCAUUACCCCCCGUACCCGUAUGCCAUGAUGCCUCCUCCCGAUGGCCAACCGCCCAUGCCGCCAUUCCCCCCACACGGCGACGCAAAUACACCUGGCGGAGUCCACAAUCUCCCGCCCGCAGACGUCGCUCGCACAAUCCCCUGCAGGUACUUCCCGGUCUGUCGCUAUGGAUCAUCGUGUAUAUUCCUUCACCCCCAACCUUCGUAUUUUUCGGGACCUCCUCCACCGGCCCCCUCUCACUACACGCCAAUGUAUCCUCCUCACCCAUACUACAUGAUGCGCCCAGGGGCUUACCCACACCCGCCUCCGCCCCCAGGCGCGGCCACAAUCGAUCCGUCUUCUAGCCCAGUCGCCGGAACGCAGUCGUUCCCACCGCCGGGCCCUAUUUCGUACCCUCCACCACCAAAUGGAGCACCUCCGUUCUCCCCUGGUACCAACGGGGCGCCGUUCCCUCCUCCUGUAAACGGAACUCCGUUCUCUAAUGGGGCUCCUUAUCCUCCUCCCACUAAUGGAGCCCCAUAUCCACCCCCUGCUGCGAAUGGGGCACCAUUCAGUCCCGCAAGCAGCGGUACUCCUUACACUCCGGCUACAAACGGCACUCCCUCUCCCUUCGGACCCCCGCCGUUCUCUCCUGGAAGCGCGACUCCUUACAGCGCCACCACACCAUACACCCCCGGUCCUCCGGUCUCAUAUCCCUAUCCUCGCCCAUACGCCGAGGCUCCUAAGGAAACUCCUGUAAACGGUGCUGUCAAUGGAACGGCCGAAGAAACUCAGACGACCCCAGCUGCCAAUGGUGUCAAUGGUACCGGAAACCACCUUAACGGUGGAUUCGCCCGUCGAAAUGGACGCGGAGGCAGACCGGGAGGUGCCGGAAUGGGUGGGGACGAUUGUCGUUUCCCCCACGUCAUGCCUGAACCGGGGGCUCAAGCCACAUUCCGCUACCCCUCCAGCAACGGGAGAUUCAAUGGCCACCGUUCUCGCCAGCCGACGAAUCACCAGGAUGGCCCGCCGCCUGCGCACAUUCCUCCCGGCACGAAGCUUCCCUUUGCACCUGGUGUGGAGUAUCAAAAUGCAGGCCAGCGUGUGCCUAACGCAGACGAUUUCCCUGUGCUAAAAGGAGGUUCGGGUUCAGACAAGCCCGCUCCAGUGGCUCCCACGAAUGGAAGCGGAAACGGCUUGACGGCUGCUCAAGUUUUGCAGGCCCCCGCACCCGCAAAGAAAGGCAAGGCAGAUUCGGAGGUUGUCGGAGACUUGGCGGAUGCAUUGAGCAAGGUCCAUGUCAAUGGUCUUCCUGCGCCAGCUUUUGAAGCUCCCUCGACGACCCCAGAGAUCACAGCGGUUGGCGCUUGA